AUGAAACUGAAAAUUUCUACUUUUAAAGAACCUAAACACGUAGGAGUAGUAACUUGCGCGUGUUGGAAUAAUACUGAAGACGUUUUUUCCUGCGGAGACGACCACAAAUUAUUAAAAUGGAGCCUUGUGAACAACGAAUGCAUGACAAUAACAACGUUUCCUGAGGAUUUUUAUCCGACUUGUAUGCAUUUAUUUCCGAAAAUAAACCAAAGUGGGGGAAAGCACCAACAUGAUGUGAUUUUAAUUUCAACUGCUGAUGGAAAAUUUCACAUCGUAAAUCACAAUGGUCGUAUUGAAAAAAGUGUGGUCGCUCACCAAGGCGCGUGUUUAACUGCUCAAUGGAGUCCAGAUGGCGCUGGAUUGCUUACAAGUGGUGAAGAUGGCUCAGUCAAAGUCUGGUCUAGGAACGGUCUCCUACGUUCCACGAUCGUACAAACAGAUAUACCCUGCUAUAGCGCACUAUGGAGUCCGGAUUGUGGAUCCAUAUUGUAUACGAAGGGAAAUUAUUUGGUGAUAAAACAUUUGCACUCGAAUGCGAAAGUAACUACGUGGAAAGCUCACGAAGGCCUUAUUCUUGCUAUAGCUUGGAAUGCCAAUAACAAUCUUAUAUUAUCUGGAGGUGAAGAUGGUUAUUCAAAGAUUUGGGACGUAUUCGGUCAGCAAAUAUCAGUGAGCGUUAAGCAUGACCAACCGUUGACAAGUGUAAGUUGGUCACCCGCGGGCGAUAUGUUCGUGAUUGGUAGCUUCAAUUUGAUAAGACUUUGUAAUGCUAAUGGAUGGUCCCAUUGCCUGGAUCGGCCCAACACGGGCAGUAUCUACAGUAUCGCUUGGUCAUCAGACGGCACGCAGUUGGCCGCCGCUUGUGCCAAUGGACAUGUGCUGUUUGCGCAUAUUAUUGACAGGGAAUACACGAUGAAGAAUUACGCGUGCACCCAAAUCGGGAGAAAGGUAGUGGCCAUCAAGGAUAUUAUCACAGACCAAAGUGACCAACUGGAUUAUCCAGAUCGAGUGAUACAAAUAGCUCUAGGUUUCAACCACUUGGUCAUAGCUACUGUGAAACAGUGCUUUAUACACAAACUAACGUCUUGGAACACUCCAGUGACGUUUGAUUUGAAGGAGGGCACGAUUAACAUGAUUUUGCUGGCUGAAAGGUGCAUUUGCGUGAUAGAACGAGCAGGUGUAUCAAUAUACAGCUAUAUGGGUCGGCUCUUGGCCAGUCCUCGCAUACCUCGCCCGGAGACACUGGGACGGGCCAUGGUGUCCCUAGGCCCAGAUAGCUUGGCUGUUAUCGAUCAGGCUGAUCGGAAAUCGAUCCAGGUGUUCGAUCUCCCCACGGGGCUCAUAGUGCGCAGUUCAACAGACAGUACUAUCACGAAGCUGGCCCACAAGAUGACGGUAUCUUGUAUCGCACUGAGCCAAACGGGCCCAUUGGGUGAGAGACAACUAGCCCUGUUGGAUUAUAAUCGAGAUUUGUACGUGGUCAGUGUAAAGGAGGCCAAGCCGAAGUUUCAAAAGCUGGGACCACAAGUGCUCAGCAUAAGUUGGAGUACAGAGACGGAAUUAUUAGUGGGCUUACGAGCAAACUCAGUAGUAGCAUGGUGUUGCCCUCGCGCCGCCACACAGCCCGACUGGCUUGUGCUUACCACUGUUAGCAAGGAAGUCAGUGAUCUAGGCAGAAAUCCAAGUAUAGUGAACAUAGAGGACGGCAUCGUGUGCGUGCGCCGCGGUAACGGUUCGCUGUUGCGUGCUUCGCUCGCUUCGUUCCCGGAGAAGUUGCUCAAACACGUGGCCGCGAAUAUGUGGGACGCGGCUGUGCAACUUUGCAGAACAGUAGAAGACGAAACAUUGUGGGCAUGUUUAGCGGUGUUAGCAUGGCAACACAACCAACUGGCGGUCGCUGAGGAGGCUUUUGCGUUGAUACGGCAAUACCAUCAAGUCUGUUACAUACAACAUCUAAGGAAUACCAUUCCGGAAAAGUUAUCAUCCAAUCAAGUUCUGUCAGCGUCGUGAGAUGUCGAUAUACAAUAUACUGAUUAGUGAUUACUUUAAUAUAUACUAUAAGUCGAG